AUGCUUUCGGUGUACUUCGUCGUGUUCGCCUCCUGCGCAACUCUGGCUACGACUCGAAAUGUUCUUCUUGAUGAAACAGUUGUAAAAUUAAACGGUAGUGCCAGAUUUGCGGCGCGGUAUUCAAAUAAUAUCGAAGAAGAUGCCCGUUUGAAUGUGCCAGAACUAAUUACGAAAUACGGAUAUCCAGUUGAAGUACACCAUGUGACCACGGAGGAUGGCUACAUCUUAGAAUUGCACCGAAUACCUUAUGGUCGUGAUAAGAGUAAUGUACCCAAUAAAAAUAAACCAAUAGUGAUUUUAAUGCACGGUCUGCUGUGCUCCUCCGCUGUGUGGGUCCUUACGGGUCCUGGUGCUGGUUUUGGUUACAUCUUGGCCGAAGAGGGAUAUGACGUGUGGAUGGGAAACUUUCGUGGAAACCGCUAUUCUCGUCGUCAUGUGACAUUAAAUCCUGAUUCGAUUUUCAACAUUGAUUUCUGGAAAUUUUCAUGGGAUGAACACGGUAACUAUGACUUACCUGCCAUCAUUGAUUAUGCACUGGCUCACACUGGAAAGGACAAGCUUCAUUAUAUCGGCCACUCAAUGGGAACUACGAGCUUCUUUACAAUGGCGUCACUGCGUCCACAAUACAACGAGAAGAUAAUUUCUAUGCAGGCGCUCGCUCCUGUAGCUUACAUGGCUCAUAAUAGUAAUCCAUUAUUGGAAGCCAUAGCACCUUUCUCUAACAAUAUUGAAAGCAUCGCAGAUAUUGUUGGACACGGUGAAUUCUUACCAAGCAGUCAGGUGUUUACUUGGGCUGGCGAGGUUUUAUGCAGAGAUAAGGCUAUGUUCCAGUCAAUGUGUAGUAACAUUCUGUUUUUGAUAGGCGGUUGGGACGAGGCACAACACAAUGCGACUAUAAUGCCAGUUAUUACUGGUCACGUGCCGGCUGGUUCAUCAAUUAGACAGUUAGCUCAUUACGGUCAAAGCAUUAGCGGUAAAGAGUUCCUCAGAUACAAUCAAGGCAACAUAGUAGAAAAUCUGAAGGCCUACGGCAGCUUUUCGCCUCCCGCAUAUGAUCUUAGUAAGAUUACUGCACCAGUAUACCUUCACUACGGUGACAAUGAUCCUCUUGCUGCGGUGGCGGAUGUACAAAGAUUGUUCGGAGAACUAGGAAAACCCAUGGGAAUGUUACGAGUGCCGCUAGCUGGAUUUACUCAUAUUGACUUCAUGUGGGCUAUUGAUGUGAAGAAACUAUUGUAUGAUACAGUCAUUAGUCUCCUGCAGUAA